AUAUAACCGAAAAAAUGGCGCGGUUGAUGUUGCGAAUGAAAGUAUCCAUGAUCCUGACCGCAUUAUUUUUUACGCUAUACUUUGGGCUCCAGCCCCUAACUGAGUUGUUUGAAAGGAAGCAUCUGGUGGAUGCCCCCAAAGAAGUUGUCUUUGUCAACACCUCCGUGUGCCAUGUAAGUGGUCCAUGGAAACCGGCGGCGUUUUACUGUGCGAUUGAGCCGAUCAAGAAGUUGCAGUGUCGCAUGCCCCAACUACUAACUGCGGUAACUCAAGACGGUACCAAUUUUCUGGAGGCCAAAAGGAUUUCAGAGAACUUGAGUUGUAAGUAUUGGCUAAAAUCAGGAUACAUCCGCAUCCACUCAAGGCAGUACACAACGGAAGGACAAUUUAAUUUGAAAAGUGGCACGACCAGAAAAAUUAAGAUCGGCACAGGUGAUCAGAUGGUUCGCAUUAGGUGCUCGGACCAGUUUAAUGAAAGCAGAUACCAUGACGUACAUUAUUUUUUGCGUCCGCCUGAUCCCAAAUGGAUGCCGACGGAGAGACCUGAGAAAUUGUCUGUAAUGGUUUUGGGCAUUGACUCAGUUUCUCACAUGCAUUUUGUGCGAUAUUUUCCCCUUGUAAAGUCCUUUUUAGAAAACCACCCUCACACGAAAUUCUUCGGCUACAGUCGUGUGGGCUUGGAUGCAAAUGCCAACUUAGUGCCUUUUUUGGGUGGUAAAAGCAGUCGAGUUGCAGGGUUAGACUUUCUAUCGAACGAGAAAGACUGGCUGUGGGAGAGCUUCAAAAUGGAAGGCUACAGCACCGCCUAUGGUGAGGAUAACGCCAACGGGAUCCUCUCCCGUGGAAAUGGGCACCAAGAGCUUCCCAAAAAUAAAGUCGAUUUUGAUUUGACUCCUGUAAUUGUCGAGAUGGAUAAUCACACGCGCUAUAGCAUCGAUCUGAAGGAGAUGAUUCACUGCACGGCAGGACGAAAAUUCCAAGAGAUUCUCAGGGACUUCAUCCUCCAACUGAUACCCUAUAUGCAGGAAAUACCCUUUUUCUCGUUUUUCUGGCAUUCGCAGGGUGUCCAGGAGUACUAUGAAUAUGCAUCUCACCUGGAUUUUUCCUAUAUGAUGCUUUUAAAAAAGUUGCUGAACGCGGAUAUUCUAAACAACACUCUGCUAUUUCUGAUGUCCGACCACGGCCUGCGAGCUGGAGAAUACCGCAUGACCCUUCAGGGCAUGAAGGAAGAAUCACAGCCCUUAAUGGUGGCAAUAUACCCGGAAUGGCUAAAGCGGAAAUACCCCUUGGCAGUUGGGAACCUCGAAAGCAACGCUCAUAGCUUGAUCACUCCAUACGAUCUGCGCGAAACCCUGGCUGACGUUAUAGAUCUGGGUCAACUGAAAGACGCCAACCUAGAGGUCGGCAUGAAAAGGCUCCAGUCGCAUCCAGCAAAUAGGUUGCCCAGGGGCAUAAGCCUUUUUCUUCCGAUUCCUGACCACAGGACCUGCGACUUGGCUCACAUACCUUCCCUCUUCUGCUUUUGCCGCGAACUUACUGAAGUUCCCACGGACGACGGACUGGUCCUUCGAAGCAGUCGCUUUUUGGUGGAAUCCAUCAACCAGCUUAUCAAACCGUUCAGACAGUGCCGGCAGCUAAAGCUCGAAAUGGUUCUAUUGGCCCACUUCUUGGACUUCGGCGAGGAGACCUUUGUCUACGAGUUGAGGCUGCGGGUGCGGACGAUUCCGGGGAAUGGAGUUUUCGAGGCCACCGUUCGUCUGUCGGACGUUCUUCUGUUGACCAGUCCCAUUAGUCGGGUCAGUCAUUACCUAGGGCAGUCCCACUGCGUCGGCGAUCCAGACUUAAAAACAUUUUGCUUCUGCAUUUGAGAGGAGCCGGAAACCACAAUACACACUAGAAGGUUACUCUUGGUGUAUUAAAAUGUUUUCAUAUGUAUGCGUAAAUAAAAGAGUCGUGUCAAAGA